AUGGCAGAGGAGAAGAUCAAAAUCAUCGUCGUCGGCCCGGUCAAGAGCGGCAAGACGACCAUCACCAACUUCCUCAGCGGCACGCGUGAGACGCCGAUGAGCAAGUACUAUGAGACAAAUCCACUCCGCAUUGUGGAGACGGAGAUCGAACUCGACUCCAUGAGCCUCACCGAUCGCCGAGUCGUCUUCUCAGGUGGCGACGCCAAGACAAAGCGGGUUGUGGUGCAGAUUUGGGACCUCAGUGGCAACAGCAAGCACCAGGCCGGCUGGCCGGCUGUGGCGAACAAAGCAGAUGGCAUCAUCUUUGUCUUUAACCCAGCAGUGAAGAACGGUGAGAGAGAGCUGUCGCUGUGGCACAAGACGUUUGCCGUGAACCAGUCGGAGCUGGACGCUCUUGGCAACUUUGCCAUCCGGGUCCCUGACAAGCACUGCCUCGUCUUUGCCCACCAUUCGACGUUCCCAAGCAAUGUAGCCGGAGAUGGGGUGCCUUCCAUGCCCAAGGGCCUAGAGAAAAUCAAGGUGCUGGAGACGUCGCUCGACUACCACAGCGACAACUUCAAGGCCGCCUUUGAUAAGCUGAUUGAGUCCAUCGUGGUCUCCCGGAUGGAGGCGGAGGAGGAUGAGAUCCUUCAGCGCGAAGGGCGCAUGCCUCUCUAG